GUGAAUUUCACAGUAGACCAGAUGGUAGCAAUCCUGGGUAAGAAGACCAGGAUUAGGAAUAUGUUGGUAGUUGCUCAUGCUGAUAAUGGCACAUCAACCUUGACAGACUCCUCGGUGUGUAAAGCAGGCACCAUUGCAUCAGUCAGAGCCAAAGAAACAUGAUUCACAGACACACAGAAAAAUGAACAAGAAAGAUAUAUCACAAUCAAGUCUACGGCGAUUUCUAUGUAUUAUGAACUCUCAGACAACAACUUGGCCUUCGUCAAACAGCAGGAUGGUUCAGGUUAUCUCAUUAACUUAAUUGGCUCCUCUGGACAUGUUUGUUUUUUCUCUGAAGUUACAGCGGCUUUCCAUGUCACUAAUGAUGUCCUUGAUGUGGCUGACUGUGUUUCAGGUAAGGUUUGUGUACAGUCAGAGACUGUUCUGCAGGGGCUGUUCUGCGAGGCUAUUGUAGAAUGUAUCAAACCAAUUCUGAUGAUGAACAAAAUGGAUUAUGCUUUCCUUGAAUUGCAGCUGGAGCCUGAGGAGCUUCAGCAGACAUUUCAGUGUGCUGUGGAAAUUGUCAGUGUCACCAUUUCCACCUACAGAGAGGGUGAAACUGGACCAGUGAGUAAUCUUAUGGUAAAGAAAACUAAAACUUUGCUGUGGUUGAAGUUCUAUUUUGGAGAAUACCAGUCUUGA